ACUGUAGGAUGAUAGUCAGGAAUAAAAGGCAAGAAUGGUGGAGAAAACUAGCUUAUCGCUUAUCGCGUAUCGCUUAUCGCCGGCAGCGCGGCUCGGAGUCCGGCAUAGACGGUUGAUUCCGAUGCCGAUGUAGACAUCGUGAAUAUGCAAUCAUUAGAAAUGAUAUGUUUGCCGAAAGUAAGUUAGGCUGUGAAUCACGCCAUCUUGCUCUUGGCACUGAAGGAGCGACUGACUCGGAUUGGUCCGAUGCCUCCCUGCACCCUCGAACCCAUAAACUUAGCGGAACCCACGCAACACACGGAACUCCAUCGCCAACGCACCCUCUGCGGCUGGGACCACCACCCCACCACCCUCGCGCAAUGGCAAGCCAAACAAACCGAAGGCCUGAAGAACUUCUUCUGGAUUGUCAUCCCCAGCCCGGAGUCCCACCCCAACACUGAAGAGAACACCAUCCGCGCGGGCCACAUCUCCCUAGAUGCCUACAGCAACCCCCCCGACCCGGACCUCGCGCGAUCCGACAAAUCCAUCCUCGCCCUGCAGACCUUCUUCCUCCUCCCAGAGUACCGGUCCGCAGGGGUAGGGCGCCACGCCAUGAAGCUAAUCGAAGAGCAGGCCGCCCGCGAGCCAGCCUGCCAGUUCAUCGCGCUGACGGCGCUGAGCAAGAAGUACCUGUAUCAGGAGGGGCGCGAGUGGCGCGGGAUCUGGGAGCGGAUGGGCCAGCCCGUGCCCCCGUUCAGUAUCCAGGAGUGGUAUGAGAAGGCCGGGUAUGUCGGGUGGAAGGAGGAGCCGCGGUACGAGGAGCGGAGUUUGGACGGGGAGGUGAUUUGGUUGUGGGAGGUGUUUAUGCGGAAGGAGGUGAGGCGGGAGGCUCUGUCGAGUGGAAAGGUGUAAUAGGAGUGGUUUGAGGAAUCCAACCAAGGUUGGGGCUUUUAUUCCAGGAGGUUGUUUGACGUUGUGGAGAUGCCUUGGGGCGUGAGUGACAGUUAGACACCACGGAUGUUUUAUGCGCCCAGGGCUUGGGGAUUCGUAUCCACGUACGCUUUCCGGCGUCGG